UAUGGCUACAAUGACAAUGUGUAAAUUUCUUGUAUAAUACAAAAUAUUCUUACAAUGACAAAGUGUUUGCUACAUUUCUUGAAGUAGUGCAGAUAUAUAAUUGUUUGAAUUCAACAAAAGUUCACUAUCUUGGAAGCUAUGGGUAUUUUUGUAAAAUAAUGUUGUCAGCAUUGAUAAUAUUGGUUCAUUAUGUUGGAAAUAUGUAAGACGUUGAAAAAUAAGUACUAUUCAUAUUAAAUGUGCAUAUUUUACGAACAAUUUGUUUUUACUUGAAUAUAUUUGAUUAUAAUGAUUUUUUAUUAUUACAAGUGUGUGUAAUAUAAUAUUUAUUAAAAAAAUAAAACAUCUAAUUACAAUAUAAUAGAAUUUAAUAGUAAAACAAGAUUACUUUUACAAAAAUAUGUCUCUAUCUUGUCCUGAAGAAAUGAAUGAGACCAAAGAAAAACAAGAUAAGUUAUUUUCAGAAAAAAACCUUGAAGAAGAAAUACUUAAAUCAAACUCUUCUAAAUCUAAAGAAUUUUCUAAAAAACGAAAAAGAGAAAGUGAAGCAGAUAAUACAAGUUAUUUAGAAACUAAACGCUCUCAAAUUCGAAAGCAUUCUCCAGAUCCAAAAUCAUCUAAAAGUGAAAAAUAUAUUGAAAAAAAUGUAAAUAUUAAUAAUACUUCAUCAGAUUUACAUAUCAAUAAUAGUGAAAAAGUAAAAGAAUCAUCAAGCAAAAAAAUACACAGUGAUAAUACAUUAUUAGUUGUAGAACAUUAUAAUUCAGUAGAAAAUAAAUGUGCUGCUCUUAGAGAUAAAAGCAGAAUUUUAUAUAUGAGGAAUUUUAAUAAUUGGAUAAAAAGCAUGCUUAUAUUUGAAUAUAUUAAUAAAACUCAUGGACGUAAUUUAAAAGUAUUAGAUAUGUGUUGUGGUAAAGGAGGAGAUUUAUUUAAAUGGAGAAAAAUGAACGCAACACAUUUAAUUUGUACUGAUUUAGCUGAAGUAACUAUGCAACAUUGUCAAGAUCGAUACAAAGAAAUGCUAAAACGAAAUUCUGAAGAAAAAAGAUGUUCUCCUAUAUUCACUGCUGAGUUUAUAACAGCUGACUGUACAAAGGAUCACUUAAGAAAAAAAUUCAAAGAUCCUAGUAUAUCACUUGAUUUGGUUAGUUGUCAAUUUGCAUUUCAUUAUUGCUUUGAAUCAUUAGAACAAGCAGAAUGUAUGAUUAAAAAUGCAAGUGAAUGUUUAAAACCAGGAGGUCAUUUUAUUGGAACUAUUCCAGAUGCAUAUGAUUUAGUUUCUAGGUGGCAGAAAUGUGAUGGUGACAGCUUUGGAAAUGAUAUUUAUAAUGUAAAAUUUUUUUGUGAUAAAAAAAAACCACCACUUUUUGGUGCUAAAUAUCAUUUUCAGUUAGAAGGUGUUGUAAAUUGUCCAGAAUUUCUUGUUUACUUACCUGUAUUUCGUAAAUUAGCUUUAAAAUUUGGUUUAAAUUUAGUACUAUUUGAAAGAUUUGAUAGUUUUUAUGAACGUAUGAAAAAUGAAGGUAGAGCAUUACUUACUAAAAUACAAGCUUUAGAAACUUAUCCACCUCGAAAUGAUGUAUCUCUUGUUGGUAAACCUGAAGAUUAUCAACAUAUUAAAGAAUAUAAUAUGAAAAGUUCAUCAAUUGGUACUUUAUCUCAAUCAGAAUGGGAAGUUACUUCAUUAUAUGCUGUAUUUGUUUUUCAAAAAAUGAAAACUAUGUAGACAAUAAAGAACAAUAGUAAAGCAAAAUCAGUAAAGAUUAAGAAGUAUAAAAUAUCAUUUUCCUGGCAUAAAAUUAUUCAUUAAUUUUAUAUUAUAUGAACUAGUCUGUUAUAUCAAUAGAAAUAGGAAUACAAUAAUCAGUAUAGUAAAUAGUUAUUCAUUGAUAUUUAAUAUGAUCUCUUUUAAUAAUUCAACAAUGUAUUAAAGAAUUAAAUGUGUACAAUAUACUUUAUUGAAUUAUUUUGUCUUUUUAUAUAAAAUGGAAUAUCAAUUGUAUUAUGAUUUAAAAAAAUUGUAUAAUUUUUUUUAUCUUAAUCUAGAUACUAAAAAUAAAUUUAUAAAAUUUUAAUAUAUAAUAUAAUCUAUUAAUCUUUGAAAAAAAUUAUACUAUUUUAAUUGUAAUAUAUAUGUAGUUUUUUACUAUUGAAUUGUUUAAUGAUAUUUUACUUGAAUAAAUGAUAAAUAAAUAUCAAAAAUGAUAGAAACACAAAUAUUUAUUUUUAGUAUUAUUAUUAUUUCAGAAGUUAAAUAAUCUUGUAUAUUUUUUAAAUUAUUAAUAUUUAAUAAUUCAAUUACUGAUUUAUUAUAUUAUUUAAAUAAAUUAAUAAUAUCUUAAUACGUGUCCUUUGCACAUAUAACGAAUCUCGUCGAUAUUCGAUUUUAUUUUCAACGAUUCACAGACGUUUACUUAUAAUUGAAGUUUGUGAUAACUAGGUGAACAAAAAUUAAAUAUUUCUUUUCAAAAUUAAAGCGACUUUCAUCGAAAAGGAAACACUAUCCAUGCAUUAACGAAUAUUUUUAUAAAUUUUAUUUGUAAAAUCGUAAGCGUUUAUAACGAACAUCAUUGAAACAGAAUAUGAUUGAAUAGACAGAUAUAAACUGAGGGGCGAAGGGUUAUAUUGGAGAUCGAAGAGGCGGAGCAAAGAAGCGCAUGCGCACUUAGAUAUUUUUGAUACUUAGACUGGGUCUCUUAUACGAUCUAAGCGUAGGCUCGGUUGCAGUCUCAUGCGAAGUGUAUAGUCGAAUACGACUGAGUGGUGUGUGUGCCCCCAGUCCUCUUUACUUCUCUCGCUUCUGUUAACCCUCGCGUUGCCAGAGUCUAUCAGUCGCGUUUGUAUGAGAAAUGGAGCUUGAACAAGCAGCAACGCAGUCGAAUUCCGACUCAGUAA